AUGCAAGCGGUGUACGACGAUGCGGACCCCGUGGGCCGUGAAGCGCGACGCACUGCCCGGGCGGCCUGUGAGAUGCUCAUCGGCUAUGCGCGCGCCGUGAGCGUGACGCCGCGCGACCUCUGCCACCUCUUCGACAUACGCAAUCCCGUCAUCAUCGAGCGCAUGGAGCGGGCAAGCCUCGCCAUUAAUCUCAACAUGGCCCCGCCGCGUGUGCUCACUCCGGGCUCAACUCCCACGCCCGACACCCCUCGUCCGCGCGGCCGUGUGCUGCCUGGCUGGAUGACCCAGCCAUCCCGCCGGCAGCAGCUGCUGGACGGCGGUGUUGGCGUCGCCAUGGGCGGGUACGUGCACUUGCAUGCAUGCGUGGGUGGAGGCAUGCAUGGGGACAUGCAUGGGGGCAUGCAUGGGUGCAUGCAUGGGUGCAUGCAUGGGUGCAUGGAUGGGGGCAUGGAUGGGAGCAUGGAUGGGGGCAUGGAUGGGGGCAUGGAUGGGGGCAUGGAUGGGGGCAUGGAUGGGGGCAUGGAUGGGGGCAUGGAUGGGGGCAUGGAUGGGGGCAUGGAUGGGGGCAUGGAUGGGGGCAUGGAUGGGGGCAUGGAUGGGGGCAUGGAUGGGGGCAUGGAUGGGAGCAUGGAUGGGGGCAUGGAUGGGGGCAUGGAUGGGGGCAUGGAUGGGGGCAUGGAUGGGAGCAUGGACGGGGGCAUGGAUGGUGCAUGUGCGCGCGGGCGUGCAUGGGCUGCCCACAGCUGGAGCAGGUGCAUGUGCGUGCGGGCGGGCAUUGGUCAGCGGCACCAGGCUGCUGCGGCGACUCUGCCACUCCCUGUGGUGCGCUCCGUGCCCCUGCCACCAGUUGAGCCUCGCUGUGCUUGCAGCCUGCUGCCACGUGAUAAAACAGGCGCCCUCCCCUCCCUCCCUCCCAACCAUGUUUCCUUUGCUCACCCAUGCUCGCUCCCACCCCACAGGCUGCCCUCAUCAGGCGGCGCUCUGCUUCUCUCCCCGGGUUCUCACCGCCUCCCCACUGCUGGCCUCGCUCUCGGUGGCCAAUCCAUCUCUCUCCUCGCUGCUCUCCCCUCCCCCCUUCCCAACCCUCCUCCUCCUUCUCCUCCUCCUCCCCUCGGUCCCUCUCCUCCUUCUGUCCCCGCCGCCCCAAUUAUUGACUGUGGAGGGGGGGCUUGCCUUUUGGCCGUCUGUGAUCCAGCCACUGCCGUGGUGCCAUGUGGCCACGCGCGAUUGGUCCUCGCAGGAAUCACUGUGCGGAACGGCCGGGCAGGUGCGCCACGUGGCGGCUGUUUAUUGGUUGAGAAUCAGGCCGUCCACGUCAGCAAUGCCUCCUUCACCGGAUGCUCUGCGGCCAGUCACGGCGGGGCGAUCUCGGUCCUCAACGCGCCACGUGUCACGCUCUCGCGCGUCCACGUCAGCGCCUCAUCCGUCUCCACCCACUCAGGAGGCGGUGGGGGCGUGGCGUUACGAAACGUGACCAUAGCGAGCGUGACAGACUGUUGGUUCAAGGGGUGUUCUGCGAAGGCUGGUUUUGGGGGAGGUGUUUACUGCGAAGCCAGUAGGGUGGAGGUGCGGGGAGGGGAAUUCUCGCGCUGCUCGGCUGAUGCAAAUGGAGGGGGGCUGGCAACGAGUGGGUGCUCUGGGCGCAUUGAUGGCGUCAGGUUCUUCGAUAAUAAGGCCACCAUCGGGGGCUGUAUGGCUGAUACCUCCUCUCCCUCUCUCACCGUCUCGCGCUGCUCCUUCCUCUCCUGCGUCGCCACCAACCCACUCCUCGACGCAUACACCUCCUACAUGCGUGGCGCCGCAAUCCACGCCAACCACACCACCUCCCUCUCCGUCUCCCUCUCCUCCUUCCGCAACGGCUCGAGCUUCAUGGGUGGGGCCGGGAUCAUGGCUUUAAGAGUCGCCAACCUUACGGUUACUGCCUGCGAGUUUCACGGUAACCGCGCGAUGACCCCGCAGGGCGGCGGAGGGGCGGCACUGGAAGGCCAGGGCUCGACCAUCACCGUUCGGCACUCGCGGUUUUUCCACAACAUUGCAGAAUCCCCCAUGAUGGCCUUUGGAGGAGCGGUCUAUGUGAUAGACUGCCCGAGCUUUCUUUCCAACUGCUCGUUUGUGGGGAACGAAGCAAAGCACACGACAGACGCGGCGACGGGUCAGGGGGGGGCGCUGCUGCACUCGUGGGGAAUGAUGGGGAGCGAUCCUGUGUGGAUGGAGGUGGAGGAUUGUGUGUUUGAGGAGAAUCGGGCGCGGUUUGCGGGCGGAGCGAGCUUUGAGAGCGACGCCGUGAUCAGGCGCACGCGGUUCAUCCGCAACGCGGCGUCUUUCCGCACUGCCGGCGCUGCGCUCUUCUUGCGUGAAGCAACAGUGGACGGCUCGCUCUUCUUGCGGGAAGCAACAGUGGACGGCUGUGAGUUCACCGGAAACACAGUGCUGCACAACGGAGGGGCCAUAGUAACCGGGGGCGUGGGGCAGACCAACAUCACCCGCACCACCUUUCUUAACAACACUGCUCUCUCGGGGGAGGGCGGGGCGAUCUACGUGCAAGAGGCAACCACAGGCACUGUCCUCGUGUCCCACUCGCUCUUUCUCAACAACUCCGCUCUGCUCUCCAAGGGAGGAGCCAUUGCUUUCUCUGGCAACAUACUCGCUAUAGACAACUCCACUUUCGUUAACAACUCCGCCCUGGUCAAAGGAGGAGCGAUAUCAGUUGAAGGCACCUCUACAGCAGCAACCAACGGCACGCUCUACCCUGUCACUGUCUCCCACUCGCACUUCCUCUCCAAUCGGGCCGAUCUGGGGGGGGGAGCAAUCUCCCUCUCCUCCCAAGCAGCACUCAGCGCACUCAACUGCUCCCUCCUCCACUGCCGCUCCGGCAGCGGCGGCGCCGUUCUGAUCGAGGACUUUGGACGGCUCAGAUUGCACCGCAGCGAGUGCUCUUGGAACCAGGCACCAUCCGGGGGAGGCUGCAUCUCCCUGGGUGAGUUCGCCACCGCUACAGUCACGUCGUCUAACAUCACGGGAAACGACGGCGGGAACGAGGGCGGAGCGCUGCGAAUGACCGGCCAAACGCUCCUCUCCCUCUCCUCGUCUCUCCUCUCUAACAACUCCGCUUUAGACGGAGGGGCCCUGUGGGCGGAAAUGAACGCCCAGGUUAAGGUCUCCGGUUCGAAUCUCACCGGAAACACAGCGAAAGUGCAAGGCGGGGGGGUGUAUGCCAUCCACAAGUCCAACCUCUCUAUUUCCGACUCUCAGUUUGUGGCGAACCGGGCUUUGGUGGGCGGUGGAUUGCUAGCGGAAGGAGAGGUGGUGGUUUCAGUGACCGGGAAAUCGGGAUUCGAGCGGAAUGAGCAACACGGUGUGGUGCUGAUGGGGCAGACCAAGGCGAGGUUUCAAGACACGGGGUUCAGAGGGAACGGUGCGGGAGGGUCGAGGGACGGCGGGGCGGUUCAGGUCUCGGAUGUGGCUGUGGUGGUGCUGAUGGGGGGGGUGGUUAUGGAGGGGAACUGGGCGAGGAGAGGUGGGGCGGUUUUUGCUGAUGCUGACAGCAGCCUGACUCUGUCGGAUGAUUUGUUGGGAGCUGCAGCAUCAGGGGGAGCAGCAGGGUUAGGAGCAGCAGGAGGAGUGAAAGGAGCAGCAGGGGAAGGUUUAGCGGGAGGCGCGGAGGCAGCAGGGCCAUCCUCGUUACAAGCCCGGCUGCGGCCGUGGCUUAUAAGGAACCGCGCAGAACACCAGGGGGCCGGAAUAUUCGCAGGAGGCAACACCACCAUAACCAUCGCAGGCGCCACAUUCACCAACAACAAAGCCGGCGAAUCGGGAGCAGGAAUGGCUGUUCUAGAACAGGCUCACGGCACCCUCACGGCGUGUGCUUUCAAGAGGAAUGUGGGCGGUGGGGAGGGCGCGGGGGUGUAUAUCAACCGGGGAGGGGCGGCGGGUGGGGAGGUGGGAGAUGCUGGGGCUGGAUCGGUGGCUGUGAGUGAGUUUCUGCCCCCAGGUGCUGGAUCUGUGGAUGGGAGUGGAGCUGAUGGCAACACUGACAUGAGCAACAGCACUGCAACUGCUACUGCUGCUGAUGCUGCUGCUGCUGCUGCCACUGGUGUGGCUUCAGCAGCAGCAGCAGCAUCAGCAGGGGGUGGAGGCCUGCUGCCGUUGGCGGUGUCUCGUCUGGCUUUCCAAGGCAACACUGCGGCCAGCACGAGUGUGGCUGCUACCCUGGGGGGCUCUGCCUUUUUCGACGCCACCUUUGAGCCGUCCAAGCGCUCGCCCUGCCUCCGCUGCCACCGCACCGACCCCAGGGACACCUUGGGCUCUCCUCCAACUUCCUUUAUGAUGUGGUGGGAAGGCAGUGGGGAGCGGGACACAGGCAGUGAGGCGAGGUGGGAAGUGGGGAGCGGGAUGCAAGCGGGGAGGCGCAAUACAGGGUGGUCAGGCAGUGGCGAGCGGGACACAGGGGGCCAGGCGCGCUACAGGGUGAGGGGGGACAUGGCCAACCCCGUCUCAGGGCUGCACGUCACUCUGCUCGAUGCUGCCGGCCUCCUGGCUUCCAGUCAGGAUGACUCGGUGCUGGUGGAGGUGGUGUCAAGCCCGUUCAUCACUCGCGAGCCACAAGCCGCAGAAGGAAGGAGCCCUGACCCCUUCGUCUCCUCUCAUCCCUCUCCCCCCCUCUCCACACAGCAGGAUGACUCGGUGCUGGUGGAGGUGGUACAAAGCCCCUUCAUCUCGGGGGAGCUACGAGCAACAGCAGUGGGCGGCACUCUCACUGAUGACUCGGUGCUGGUUGAGGUGGUGCCAAGCCCAUUCAUUUCGGGGGAGCUGCGAGCAACAGCAGUGGGCGGCACUGUCACUGUGCCGCCCAUCACAAUCGUCCAAGUGCCUCCCUCCUUAACUCCUACUGCUUACCCUACGGCUUCUCCUACUGGUGGUAACCCCGCCACGGCUACUUUUGCUGACCCUGCUGGUGAUCCCAUCGCUUCUGCUGCAACUCCCGCUUCCAGCGCCGAUGCUCCUGAUGGGACAGCUGGCGUGCUCUCAUUGGCUGUGGCCGUCAGCAGCCCGCUGAACGCGUUCCCGCCGUUUCAGCGCACGCUGGAGAUCGUUUUCUGCCCGGCCGGGCACUACUGCGGGCCUGGCAAGGGCGCGCAGCACUGCCCAGAUGGCACCUUCUCCUUCCGCCCAGGUGCCACCUCCCCCACUGACUGCCUCCCCUGCCCCAACACCACCAACGCCCGCACCCACCUCCCCGCUAUGACCUGCUCUGACGGCGUUGCUGACGUGGCGGCGGGGUAUUGGCUGGAUCCCGGGAGCGUGGCGAACGGGCAGGUGGUGGUGUAUUCGUGCGAUGUGCUCAACGGGUGCCCCGGGUUCCAAGCUUCUACCCUCCAAAAUGGAAGCAAUUCUCAAAUUUACCCGAAUCCGGAUUCUAUUUCAGCACAAGGAGGGGGUGUGGCGGCGGCGGUGUGCGUCGGAGGGGAGGGGGAGCAGGCGCGGUGCAGAGGGGUUGGGGGGGAUGGAGAGGAGUAUGGGCAGUGUGGAGAGGGGUAUGCCCAGGUGCGGCUAUGCUCUGAGUGUGCUUCUGGCUUCUACUCUCUGCUUAGGGAGUGCCACUCGUGCACUGCCACCCUCACCAAUCUCUUCCCAAUCUUCCUCACGCUUAUCCCUCUGGCAUGGGCGGCCAUGGCACUACUCUCCUCCGCCUUCCACGCUGCACCCAUCUUCCUCACUCCUCCACUCCCUGUGUCAACCCCCACUUACCCGUCCUCUCCCGCAUUCCCCAUCACUACAGCUCUUCCUCACAAUGAUCAUUCUAACAUGGGCAGCCAUGGCACUGCUGCCCUCCGCCUUCCACGCUGCAGCCAUCUUCCUCACAGACCUGCAGCUGCUCGCACUCAUUGCCUCUUCCCCCCCCCCCCCCCCCCACCCCCUACCACACAGCUAUUCCCGCUCUUCCUCAUGCUGAUUCUGCUCGCAUGGGCGGCCAUGGCACUACUCUCAUCCGCCUUCCACGCUGCAGCCAUCUUCCUCACAGACCUGCAGCUGCUCGCACUCAUUGCAUCCUACACCGUGCCGCUCCCCACCUGGCUGAACCCCUUCAUCCAGCUCUUCCAGCUCUCACUCUUCAUCCCUGACCUGAUUGCACCGGCUUGCACCACACCCUUCGGCUACGAGCAGCAAUGGGCAGUCACCAUGCUCGUACCCCUUAUAGGCCUCCUCGUUUACACCGCACUCUUUGCCCUGCGCAAGCUCUACCUGUUUGUUUUCUGUAGCAAAAGCACCUCUACUGCUGCAGUUACCACCUCCACUUCCCCUCCUCCUCCUCCUGCUGCUGCUGCUGCUGCUGCUGCUGCUCCCGCUGCUACUGCUACCACCAGCAACACAGGAGCAGAGGACACUGCUUCCCCCAACCACCCUCCAUCCCACCACACCCACUCCGAUCCCUUCAAUUACACCCUAAUUCACGGGGUAACCAACUGGUUAGACCUCUGCUACGCGCCAGUCAUUUACCGUUGCCUGCAAGCCCUCCACCCGUACUUCUACGGGAUAGAGACGCUCGCCGCCGCCCCGACUAUCGUCUGGUUCUCCGCCGCCCACAACACCAUGUUUGCUUUGUCUGUAGUGGUGCUGAUGUUAUAUGGUGCGGGCCUGCCUGUGGGUCAUGCGUUGGUGCUAUGGUGGGGGAGAGGGGGAUGGGGGCGGGAGCGAGGAGGAGAGGUGGGGAAAGGGGAGGGAAGGGGAGAGGAGGGGAGGAGAGGGGAGAGGGGGAGAGGGAAGGGGAAGGGAGAGCGGGGGGGGGAGGGGGGGAUGGGAUGCGCAUGCGUACAAGAGGCGGUGGGGGUGGAUGGUCAACCGAUACGACGAUCACUAUUACUGCACCUGACUUGCUACGCGCGGCGCCUGUUCAUCGCCAGCCUGGCAGUCUUCCCCUGCACGUCCCCUGAGACACAGCUCUCCGUCACGCUCCCUCUGCAAGCCAUCCACAACGGCCUCCCCUUCGCCGCCUCCCCCCCCCCACUCCUUUCCCCAUGCUGCCCUCUCCCGCUCCCUUCACCCCUUCUCCUCCCUUUCACAACGCCUGAGCACCCUUUCCUGACUUAA